AUGCAGCCACUUAUAGAUGAGUUGUGCAGCUUAUGGAAUGAUGGCACACUAACUUAUGAUGUGUCAUUGAGGCAGAAUUUCAUGAUGAAGGCUGCUUUAAUGUGGACAAUUAAUGACUUUCCAGCUUAUGGAAUGUUGUCUGGUUGGUCGACUGCUGGGAGACUUGGUUGUCCUAUUUGCAUGGAUAAAUCAAAGGCAUUCUCCCUUAAGAAUAGUCGCAAGGUUUCUUAUUUUGAUUGCCAUCGUCAAUUUCUUCCACAUAAUCAUCCAUAUAGGAAGAAUAAAAAUUCAUUUAAGAAGAGGGUUAUUGAGACCUCAAACCCUCCUCCACGUUUGUCUAGUCCUAAUAUAUGGAAGCAAGUUGCUCAUUUACCGCUUGCCCAAGAUAGGGGAGAUGAAAACCCUCCACAUUAUGGAGACAAACAUAAUUGGACAAAGCAAAGUAUAUUUUGGACCUUACCAUAUUGGAAAACACACCUUCUACGCCAUAACAUUGAUGUCAUGCACACAGAGAGAAAUGUGUUUAUGAAUGUGUUUAACACUGUGAUGGACAUUAAUGGGAGGACAAAGGAUACUAACAAUGCUCGAUUGGAUUUAGCAGAAAUAUGCAAUCGAAGGGAACUUGAGUUGAAAGAUGUUGGUCGUGGUAAACUUAUCAAGCCUAAGGCAACAUAUGCAUUGACUAAAUCCCAAAGAGUAGCUAUUUGUCAAUGGGUCAAAGAACUAAAGUUACCUGAUGGAUAUGCUUCUAACUUGGGUAGAUGUGUUGUUAUUAAGGAGGGAAAGUUACAUGGAAUGAAGAGUCACGAUUGUCAUGUUUUCAUGCAACGAUUGCUUCCAAUUGCAUUCGACUCGUUACCGAAACCUAUUUGGAAGGUUCUUGUUGAACUUAGCCAUUUUUUUAGGGAAUUGACUUCUACUACACUAAAUGUUGAGCAAUUAAGAGUUAUGGAAAAUGACAUACCUGUGUUGUUGUGUAAGUUGGAACAAAUAUUCCCACCAAGCUUCUUUGAUUCAAUGGAGCAUCUUCCUAUUCAUCUUCCCUAUGAGGCUAGGGUUGGUGGUCCAGUCCAAUAUCGUUGGAUGUAUCCUUUUGAGAGGUUUUUACAUUCCCUAAAAAACAAAGUCAAAAAUAAGGCAAGGGUAGAGGCUUCGAUCUGUGAAGCUUACUUAGUUGAGGAAACAUCAACCUUUGCUUCCUACUACUAUCCUUCUGAAAUUGAUACAAGAAGGACCAGAAUGCCUCGUAAUGUUGAUGUAGAUGAAGGUUCUAUGUCUACUCCUUGUUUUUCAGUUUUUAACUACCCAGGUAAAGCGAGUGGAAAAUCUACAAAAUAUUUCUUGGACCAACUAGACCUCAAAGCUACUCAUUUGUAUGUUCUUCAAAAUUGUGAAGAGGUUGAGCCAUAUUUAGAUAUUUAUGUCAAAUAUUUAAGGCAACUCAACCCCACUGCUUCAGACGCUCAAGUUGGUCAGGAAAUUUCAUCAAAUUUUCCUACAUGGUUCAAAGAAUAUGUUCUAAAUUCUGAAAAUAAUGUUCAAGAUCCACUGUUGCGUAAUUUAGCAUGGGGGCCCAAGCUAAAGGUUGAAUCAUGGCCUAUUUACACUAUAAAUGGAUAUAAAUUCCACACUGGUCAAUUAGAAUCUGACUUUUAUGGAAAAUUGACUGAUAUUAUUCAAUUGGAGUAUACUGGCUUACCAAUAAUGAAACUAAUUCUUUUCAAGUGUGAUUGGUUUGAUAAUACUCCUAAUAUCGGAACAAGAGUAAAUGAUAAGUAUGGGGUUGUUGAGGUAAGGCAAUCAAGGAGGUAUAAUAAGGCUUAUGACCCAUUCAUACUUGCACAACAAGCUGAGCAAGUUUACUUCACACCAUAUCCUGAGGGACAUAAUGAUUGGCUGGCCAUAAUCAAGACAAAGGCUCGUAGUAGAAUAAAUGAUAAUAUAUUAAUUCAAACUGAGCAAGAGGUUCCAUACCAGGAUGAUGAGGUUGUAGGGCUUCAAGUCAUGUUACAUAUUGACUCAGAUGUCAUUGAUGAUUCUCUAGUUGAUAAUGAUGUUGGUGGAGAAGAAGUAGAUAUGCAAUCAUUUGAUCAACCAGACAUGGUGGAUGAAUUUAUUGAAGAUAAAUACAUAUCAAGUGAGGAUGAUAACGAUGAUGAGAAUGAGAGUGAUUUCAAUGAUACAGAUGAACCUUAG